UGACUGCCCAGACAAUUGCAGAUAAAACGCGAUGUUUGACGGAUAGCAGCAGUAAUUGGAAAUGAGAGUUCCGCGCCUGACGGAGAUCCCACUGCGGGAUUCAACAGAACAGCCCCCCUAUUAAACUACAGGCAGCCGGUCGAUGCCGUGCACUACAUCUGGGAGACCGGAGAAGACAAAUACACGCUUCGAUACUUUCAUACAGGAUUCUGGGAGUCCUGCGAAAAACACAGUGAUGGAAAUGAACGACCGAAAGCGCUGAGCCUCGGAAGGAAAGAGACGCCGUUUCCACUCGGGGUGAGAGAUGCCGCAGCUUCAUGGAGCUGACUCCAGGUGAAAGUCAGGGCGUCCUGUGGCUGUCCGUGGUGUCGGAGAUCAUGCACAUCGGCCUUCUGGCCACCGGCUUCAUCCUGAUGUGGAUGGAGAUGCUGUGCGUGUGCUCACGCAGGGAGAUGUAUGCGCUCAAGGUGAAUGCCUUCGCUGCUGUCUGCACCAUCCUGUCCGGGCUGAUGGGAAUGGUGGCUCACAUGAUGUACACCACGGUGUUCCAGCUGACCGUGACCAUCGGGCCCAAAGACUGGAGGCCCCAGACAUGGGACUACGGCUGGUCGUUUGCCCUGGCCUGGAUCUCCUUUGGCUGCUGCAUGGCUUCUGCGGUCUUCACCCUCAACUCAUACACUAAAACGUCAAUCGAGCAGCACCAUAGGCUGCGAGCACGCUUGGAAGACAGCCACUCCAGGAAGGCACCGCCCUACAAUGAAGCCCUCCCCGGGGACGGGGUCUAUUCCUUUGCUGAUCUCCCGCACUGCCCCAGUGGCAUCAUGGGGUUAGCAGAUGGGGUCGGGCUUAACGACGGGGACGCGGCAACCCUAGUGCUGCUGGGGGGGUGCGAGGGGUGUGAGGAUUGUGAGAGGGAGAUGGAUAUCAUGGCAGCGAGGAUAGCGAGAGAGAGGGAAGUCUCUCUAUGCUAAGCCGCACUUUGUUUGGGUCCCUAGAAGAGCAGGCCGGACAAGGAUCACUAUUCAAUACUCAACCUGUGCCUUCUGUACAUAGCAGCUAGUAAAACAUGAAGAUACAUUCUCAGUUCUUUCUAUAAAACUAAAUAGAGACUGAUUUUUUGCCGAUGUUUUUACCUUCCUGAUGAGGAUCAUGGGUAAUGACGACUGAUGCGAACACAACUCGGUUGAGGUUGCCAGCCUAUGUGUGUGUUUGUUCCAUGUACUGCAGCUGAAUAUCGUCUUAAUGAUGUCAUUAUUAUGAGCGUGAUGUGCUUUUGAAAAUGUGACCCAAAAACAUACUUUAAUGUGAUGUGUUAAAUAAUAGUUCAUAUAAAAGUCAUCCUUCCAUCCAUCCAUCCAAGUUUUCUACAAGUCAUCCAAACACCUUCUAUAUGGCAUAUACCAUACAAAGGGGUGGUGGACAUACUGUGCCUCAGUGCACAAAGCAAGGUUCAUAAAGACAUGGUUGGGUGAGUUUGGUGUGGAAGAACUUGACUGACCUGCACAGAGCCCUGACCUCAACCCCAUCAAACACCUUUGGGAUGAACUAGAACAGAGAGCCAGGCCUUCACAUCCAAUAUCAGUGCCUGACUUCAGUGCACCUCUUCUGGAUAAAUAGGCGAAAAUUCCCACAGACACGCUCCAUAUACUUGUGGAAAGCCUUCCCAGAAGAGUGGCAGCUGUUAUAGCUGAAAGGGGGGGACCAACUCCUUAUUGAUGCCUAUAGACUUAGAAUGGGAUGUCAUAAAAGUUCCUGUAGGUAUAACAGACAGGUGUCCCAAUACUUUUGUCCUUAUAGUCCAUCCAUCCAUCCAUCCAUCAUCAUCCAUUGUCCUUAUAGUGUAAGGCUGAAUUAAUAUUAUUGUAUUAAGAAUAAUUACAAAUGAUUCAUUCUGGAGAUAAUAAAUAGAAAAUAAUUUAAAACUACUUUAUUAAGUUAGUUUCAUAGUUAAUGUGUAGUCUUUGUUGAAAGUUCUACUGUUUCCUGUUAACAUAUACAGGUAUAGCAUAAAUAAAUUAAUGAUUUCUCGAGUGAUGUGCUCCAUUUGUUAUGCAGCCAUUGCCUGAUGCUAUUUAAAGUGCCUGUCGCCUUCUUUGAGUUGUUCUGAACAUUUAUAAAUACAGUGACCACUACUGGAUAUUAUGAUUAAAAAGUUAAUGCUUUAAGUAUUUAAUUCUAGUAAAACUUCGCCUGUAAUUUUAAUUCUAUCUGCGUUUAGUCACUGGAUGCUGUCAGUCGCUCAGUGUGUUUUGCAUUAAACAAUUUGCUGGUGA